GACCCCGGCAGGCCUUGCAGGCACCCCUCGACGCUGGGUCUUCAGGACGUGUUGCCCAACACCUCCGGGAAACAUGAAUAUCCCACCACAGUGAGCCUGGCCCCUGCCCUGUCCUUGGGAUACGGCUCUAAACCCUCUGGAGCACGAGGAAUUAAUUGCUCCUACCAGGUUUUAUUAAUUAACUGUUAGCAGCACGGCACAGAGCCCUAGAGUGUCUCCCACAAUGUCUGACCCCAGGGAAGGAGAGGAAAGCAGAUUUUGGUUUCCAUCCAGCCCAGGUCCGCCCUCCACCAGCAUUGCCGGGGCACUGCAGCGUGGGGAGGGAGGACGAGCCAUCCAGGGAGGCCAUCUCCAGAGGUUCAGCUCCAUCACAUCUGCCCGGGACAGCUCGUGUGCUGGCUGAUGUGCCGAGAGGCGACAGCGACCCAGGCAGCCCUCCGGCCCCGCCGCCGUGUCCGCCUCCACGACAGGACCUGUGCCCUGCGGAAUUCCAGAUGCGCCGAGGCCGAGCGCGGCUUUGGCGAUGCUUUCCCGGCGAGACCCGAAGGCCACCAGCUUCCCUUCGCUGGGAAGGUCCCGGAUACCUCUUCCAAGGAUGGAGCGGGAUGCGGAGGAGGAGGAGGCACCGGCCCCUUCCCCUCCACGGCAGCCCCGAUGCCCCUCGUCGGUGGCACCUCUCGGCAUGGCGGGAGGGACGAUGCGGCCUCUCCUCCCCGCCUGCCUGCCCCUCUGAUGGGAGGGAGCGAGGCGUCCCCGCCGCCGUCUCGUUAUCAGCCGCCACAACCAGGGAAAAGGGGAAGGCCAUGCCUCGGGAACGUGGCGAUAACCCGGGGCGGGGAGGGGGGGGAUGCGGCGGAUCGCAAGCCCGCGGCCCCGCACACCCUGCCGCGAUGCCGCUCGCCACGGAGGGACCACACCGCCGCUGCCUCCUCCUCCUCCUCCUCCUCCUCCGCCUGCUCCCACCGCUGGAUGCCUCGGGUCCACCUCCGGAGGAAUCCCGGGAUCCGCCGUCCGGCACCGCCGACCCCGCCGCCCACCUGCUACGCGGCCGCCCUUCGGCCCCGGCGCGGCCCUACAGCCUCUCGCGCUCCCCCGAGGACUACCGCUACUCCCCCAAACCCCGCCACUUGAAGCCCGGCCGGUUGCGCCGGCUGCUGGGCUCGGCUUUUGACCGCUUCUGGAUGGCGACCGAAGAACCCCGGCGUCUCAACGGCAGCCUCCUGGAGGACGACCUGGAGUCCCUAAGCCGGGAUCUGGCGGAGGGCGCCGGGCGCUACCGACGCAAGCUGUGGCGGGAAUUGGAGGGGCUGGAGCUGCCCACCCUCUUGCCCCCCGGCUCGGGGUCGCCCCCCGAAUUGCCGGGGACCCUGGCCCGCCGCCUGCGGCAGUGGCUGGUGGAAAGGGCCGCCUGCCGCCUCACCUCCGCCUGGGUCGACCUGGGACCGGUCUUCUGGCCCCGCUGGGUCCGCCACACCGCCUGCGACGACGGACCCCCCGGAUGCUCCUGGCCCCCCGGCAUGACCUGCCGCCCCGCGCAGCUCACCCACAUCAAGCUGCUAGCCUGGCACUGCUGGGUCCCCCGGCCCCCCGGCCCCCCGCACUGCGCCUGGCGGCAGAUCCCUUACCCCGUCGUGGCCGCCUGCAAGUGCUCCUGCCGCUGAGGAGUGGGGGGGGGGGGGAUGCGGAGGGGACCCCCGCUCCAUCCCCGUGCUGCUUCUUGGAGCCCAACGGUCUGAAAAGGAGAGCGGUCACCUGGACUCACCCUCGGA